AGAAAACGAUGAGUCCCUUGCCAUGGAAAGAAUGGCCAACGACGGAGGCGAGUCUAAAAAUUGUAUCAUGGCCGGUGAUUGGACAUUAACUCAAUCGCCAUAUAGCUUGUGUACACUGCCAUUGUCGGGUUUGUCAUGCUGAUGGCUCUUGUCGAAUGGAUCCUGUGGCUCACAGCAUUCAUUUACUGCUUGUACAAAGUGUUUCGAAAGGCUGAUCACUGGUCAAUCAAGGUACUCAGUGUCUUCGUCGCGGGGUCCUUUUUGCUACUCAGGUACUACCUUCGAGCCAUUAUCCCUUUACUACUAAUCGUUCUUAUAGAGGAAUAUUUCUUCCAAUAAUGCUAGUUACUUUACCAUUGCCCGACCAGAUAACGCAGCUGUGGCCAAAGUCGCUCGUCGCCAUUUUCCAAUGGUUCGCUUUCGGUGCCUUCGCAAUCGCGUUAACUGUGCCAUGGAUGUUUUGCAUCCAUCAGCUUGCUACUAAACAACUGGUUCGACAGAAACAAAGUGAACGAAGUCUAGAUUCUAACAACGCCCCGAAAGUUGUUGUCGUUAUGCCUUGCUAUAAUGAAGAAUACGAUGUUCUGAUGAGCGCUGUGAACUCGGUUGUUAAUAGCGACUACCCUGCGACUUGCAUGCAUCUAUUCCUAUCGUUUAACGGAGAUAUGGUGGAUGGAUUAUAUCUUGAUACAAUUGGACACCUCGGUGUUUCAUUACCUAAGACGUCAUAUCCCGCGAGUAUCGACGUCGUUUAUAAACAAGUUCGCCUCACGAUUUCGCGAUUUCCUCACGGCGGCAAACGCUGUUGCCAAAAGCGAACAUUCAAACUUGUAGAUCAAUUAUAUGGCCAGUAUUCACAGACUAAUGGUGACUUGUUUAUGCUUUUUAUCGACUCGGACUGUAUUCUUGAUGCCAGCUGCAUACGAAGCUUCAUCCACGACAUGGAGCUGAGCCCUGGUAAUAGAAAGGAUAAACUUGCGAUGACUGGAAUUAUAACAGCUACAACCAAGAAACACAGCAUGAUUACCUUGUUGCAGGACAUGGAAUAUAUACACGGACAGCUGUUUGAGCGCGCAGUCGAGUCGGCAUGUGGCGCUGUUACAUGUCUCCCCGGUGCAUUGACCAUGGUGAGAUAUUCCGCAUUCAGGAGAAUGUCAAAAUACUAUUUUGGUGAUGAAGCAGAGAAAUACGAAGAUUUAUUCGAAUUUGCCAAAUGUCACCUAGGCGAGGAUAGGUGGUUGACCCAUCUCUUUAUGAUCGGCGCAAAGAAACGGUACCAAAUCCAGUUGUGUACAUCUGCCUUUUGCAAGACCGAAGCAGUUCAAACUUAUCGAUCUCUGGUUAAACAGAGAAGGCGGUGGUUUAUGGGAUUCAUCACUAAUGAGGUCUGUAUGCUAACUGACUGGCGAUUAUGGAAACGGUAUCCAAUACUGAUUGUGAUCCGGUUCAUGCAAAACACAAUUAGAACAACAACUCUUCUCUUCUUCAUUAUCGUCAUCGCUCUUGCCACUACGACGGUAACUGUUGAGCAUCUACCAGUUGGGUUUAUUGCAAUAUCCUUUGGUCUUAACUGGUUAUUGAUGUUUUAUUUUGGCGCCAAGCUACGGCGGUUCAAAAUCUGGCUAUAUCCAAUCAUGUUUGUGCUAAGCCCAUUCUUUAAUUGGUAUUAUAUGGUGUAUGGGAUUUUGACGGCUGGCCAGCGAACCUGGGGUGGCCCACGAGCGGAUGCAGCAACGGCUGAUGUGAAUCGUACCGCGGAAGACGCCAUCCGCCAUGCAGAUCGACAAGAUGGUGAUCCUAUCAUUGUUCCUGAGUCAUUUAUGAGAUGCCGACAAGCCAGUAUCAUGCCGCCCAAGUUUAAUGCGUCAGACGAACCAGAUCUUGGUAGGACUUAUAGUCUCCUCCAGCCUCCAAAAGCCAUUGACGGUAUCCUGGCGGAGCAGUUGCGACCAAUGCGUUUUACUGAAUUGGGGUAUCAGUCUCCGGAUGGGGAUACCAUGGAUAAUUUAAACUCUUGUGACUUACCGAGCGAAGGUGAAUUCGCGGCUACCAUCAGCUGGGCACAGAUGGAAGAGUGCAUGAAUGAUGAAGACCGACUAAAAUACAAGGCAGCAUUGCGGAUGCAGCAGUAGUAACACAGCUAAUUCUUUGAGUGACGAAUGAUAAAAUAUUACGUGCGUCUAUUAUAUUUUAUAUUGUCAAAGUAAUCACUUGUUAUCAGUCAUAGUAAUUCUCCCUCCUGGCAAGUUUAUGGUGUAAGUGGACAUCAUGGCUUAACUUACAUGCGAUCAGGCGCAACUACUAUUGGCUUUGGAACAUGAAGCCUGUUUGAGUUGAAAUACUGAAAAAAGAAACAAGAAGAAAAUUAUGCAUUGGCUACAGUAUCUUUUAUCCGUUAUUCACAUGCGCCAUAUAUGCCUAUGGUGACUUUG